CGUUUAUGGUUCAUCCUAUAAAUUUUACAGACACUAUCGUCGCGGCUUUUUAGCGUCUCUAUCUCUCUGUUUUUCAAUGCAGUCUGUCCUCCGAAACGUCACAAAGUUGGGCUCAUACCGCUCUCUAGUGCGCAACACUCCGUUGGCAGCACCGUCAACCCAAAGGUUCUGUGUUCGACCUCAGUUCGUUCGAACUCUCGUUACAAAGCGUUAUACGAAGGAUCACGAAACUGUCACUUAUGAUGAUUCCACCGGAGUUGGCAUCGUGACUAUUACCGACCACGCUCAAUCAUCUCUUGGUGAUGUCGUUUUCGUGGAAUUGGCUGAGAUAGGGACUGAGGUGGAGCAAGGAGGCCAUAUAGGAGCUGUGGAAAGUGUCAAGGCCGCGUCAGACAUCUAUGCCCCGGUCUCUGGACUUGUGGAGGAGAUCAACACUACACUAGCCUCUCAGCCAGGAUUGUUGAACAAAUCUCCUGAGGAUCAAGGUUGGCUAUGUAAAAUCAAGAUUUCGGAUCCGUCUGAGUUGGAGGGAUUGCUCACGGAAGAGCAGUACAAGGCUGAGUACAACAUUGAAUCUUGAAAGGGUCGCACAACGUCCAGGGCCUCAACUGCUCGGACACGAGACCUUGCUGGGAAGAUAGACUUUAGAUUAUAUUAUAUCUUGCGUGAAGCCAUGCUGUCAUUGCAAUGAAAUUGGGAUUAAGAGUCGGAAGA